AUGAAGAGCUGUUUUGUUCUUAUUCUGGUGCUUGCUGGUGCUGCAGCAGGGGCCAUUGAGAAGAGGGUUCUUGGGAGUAAGUCCUGUGGCAAGGAGAGGCAGUACCAUGUUGAGAUAGAAGCUGUCCAAGGGGGGAAGGCUUGCGGAGGAGCUCUGCUCAACCCCCGCUGGGUCAUCACUGCCGCUCACUGUGCAGGACAGACAGUGAAAGUGAAGAUUGCCUUUCACCUUGAAAUGUCAUUUUUGAAAAAAGCUAAGGCCUUCUUUAAAAAUAAGCCCAUAAAAAAAGAGCAAGUUAUUGAUGUAAAACAACAGUUUCCCCGCAAAGAAGAAGACAACAGUCACGACCUCAUGCUCAUAAAACUGAACGAAGAUGUGUCCCCUAAAUUUCCCACCAUCCAGCUUCCUGCUGCUGAGUGUACGAAGCCAGCGUUAAAACAGCAGGUUCAGAUUGGAGGCUGGGGAGCAAAGAAGGCUGACAUGAAGAACAAGAAGACCAAAAAGCUGAUGUGUUCCACCACGAUGAUUGGCGAUUGUGGUGAAAAUGAUAAGCCUGAUAAGGACUACAACAGUGAUGACAUCAUGUGUGCCUUUAAACCUGGUGUGGAGUCCUGUCAUGGUGAUGCGGGUACAGCUGUGGAGUACAAUGACAUCUUGUAUGGCAUCAUCGUCAGCGAGCCUAUAGAUAAGUGUGCAAACCCGAUUGUAAUGGUGGAUAUUUGUCCCCACUUGAAGUGGAUUGAAGACACCAUGCGCAGCGCUAACUGAGUAAACCCCACAGGUAAAGGUUGAGAUCACAGAUGGAAUUAAAACGUAAAUAUCAAUCUUUUCUUUUAUGAGCAUUAUUACCUGUCAAAUCAACUUAAUUUAAUGUCAGAGUAACUGACUUUAGAA